AUGCUUUUAUGGAAUGUUUUGGAACUUUUUCUGCCUCCUUUUACAAGAAGGGCCGCUUCGUCCGGGCCGCGCGGCGGGGUGAGCGCGGGCGCCACCAACGCGGCGCUCGUGGGGCGCAUCAUCCGCGUGGACCACGCCGGCGAGUACGGCGCGAACCGCAUCUACGCGGGGCAGAUGGCCGUGCUGGGCAGGUCGGCGGUGGGGCCGCUCAUACAGCAAAUGUGGAAUCAAGAAAAAGAGCACCUAAAAAAAUUUAAUGAGCUGAUGGUUGCAUACAGAGUUCGACCUACUGUUUUACUGCCUAUCUGGAAUGUAGCAGGCUUUGUUUUAGGAGCUGGAAGUGCCUUACUUGGAAAGAAAGGUGCGAUGGCUUGCACGGUGGCAGUGGAGGAGAGCAUAUCCAAUCACUAUAAUAAUCAGAUCAGAACUCUUAUGGAGGAAGAUCCAGAAAAGUACAGAGAACUAUUGCAGGUAAUAAAGCAGUUUCGGGAUGAUGAACUGGAGCACCAUGACAUUGGGCUAGAACACAACGCAGAAUCAGCACCAGCUUACUCAGUUUUGAAGACAGCUAUACAGCUUGGAUGCAAAGCUGCUAUAUUUUUAUCAGAAAGAAUUUAGUGAUAUUUUCCAUAGUGACUGUGGUAAUAAAUUAUGACACAAAAGUGUG